AUGGACAUGGAUAUGGAUGUUGCUUGGUGUCUAACAUGCUCAAAGCAGACGAGAGACCCUCGAAGUCCUUACUGCAGCGAAGCAUGCCGUCUUCAGGAUACCGAUCCUUCAGCCAAUGCCGAUGGUCCCGUCGCCCUCACCUCCCCUGUUCCAUUCGGUCUCAUUCCUUCACCUACUCGUCCUCCUCAGGCUGGUAGCUCUUCGUCUCAUAGCAGGGAUCCACCUGCUCGUCGACCAUCUAUCGGACCACUCGCGCCUCUCCCCAGCUCAUAUCGCUCUAAGCCUAUCCCUCGAGAUAGACGAGCAUUCUCAUUUCCGGCUACGCAAUCAGUCGCGGCCAUUCCCAUCAAAAUCAUUAAUUCACGACGACCAACGCAGACGGGUGAAACCCUUCAAUUUGCUAGAAGAACGAAUCCUGUUGCUGUCAAUAUGACAGCUUCCCCCAGUGUCGGCGGUCUUUCCGUUCCUCGAGUCAAAGGUUUCGACAAGCUAUCGAAGACAACUGGCGCAAAUACACCUGUUUUCCAGGAUUCGGUUUUCUGCUCGACUUCAGAGAGUAGUGAUAAUGAAGGUGCGGAUAUCAAGGACGUAUCACCGAUGAAAAUACCCAAACCUCUUACUCCUCUCGAAACCACGGUCCGACCACCCAACAUCAAACGAACCAGUGUCUCGAAUACCUUCAUGGUCGCUUCUCCUCGUAAAGAUACAUUCAUAUCCAGUCCUCAGCCUUCUGUACGACCCCCAUUCAUCUCUCGCAAAUCUCCUAGUCCUGUCGCCGCUAUGGUAGCUUCUUCAGCCUCAUCGAAGAGUAGAGAAGACAUUGUUAGCUGGUUGAAUGAAGUCAAGCGUCUACCCACGAAAGAUGAGGAUGAACACGAUUCUGACCACCUUGACAAAUCGUGUGAACCUCGAGGUAGAUCUCGUACAAGAAGAGAAGUACUUGCCAACCUCCCUCCUCCCAGCCAGGAAUCCCUUGAUGAACAAUAUGAAGGGGAGAAUGGAAUCUACGGUACCACUCCUAAAGGUCGAAUAGGAUCUGCGCUUGCUGGGCUCAGUAAUUUUGGUGGAUUUGGUGUCGGACCUAUAGUCAAGGCUCUCACUGGUGUUACUGCCACUAAUUCUUCUCAGCAAACAUCAGCCGCUGCCCCUCCCACUACUGGACUUGGUCUUCAAUCCGUCCCAGCUCCUGCGGAAGUGUCUCGUAUCGCCGUGACUGUUGCUGCUCCAGCUGAACCGGAGCUAGGACCAUUUCUACAAAUGGGCGGCACUACUCCAACACUAUCUACCGUAUCGAUCUCCGAAUUUGUCGAUCCUCUUACGGACAAUGGUGAUCAUAUCGACUUUAUGACUACCACGGAUGACCAAUCGGCUGCUGGUUCGUCCUCUUUCAUGAGAAGACGAUUUUCAUCGGUCGGGCAAGGCAAGGCUCCAUCAUCUCUACUCUCAGUAGGUGGCAAACAGUCACCUGCCAAACCGGUUACAUCAACCGCCUCUGCGAUAUGGAACCUAUCUUCAUACAUCCGAUCCUUCGCUCCGUUCUCGAUAUCAUCGGUCAUUCCACCAUAUGCUCCUAUAGCAGCCGCUGAUGCUCAGGCUCAAAAUCAUCAACCGUCUCCUAGGCCCACCAUGAGCUCUCAAAUAUCUGAUCGACCGGUUCCGGCACCUGUACCUGCCGCUCGACCUGUCACACCAGACGAAGUAGAAGAAUCACCUGCUCAGCAGAUGGUCCGAAGUCUUCCUAUGGAUAUUGUCAUGCCCUUUGGAGGCGAGAACACCCAUGUAGAUCGUGCACGACAGAGGGAAGAAGUGAGAGAGUGGUUGGGAACACCGACGUCAUCUCGAAGUCCAUCAAGAUCACAGGUCCGUGAGAGAGAUGCAUCUAGAAAUAAAGCUAGAUAUAGGUCUGGGUCGGGUUGUCAUUCUCGAUCUGCCUCACACUCCAAUUCGCGUUCCAGACAUGGUAGAAAGGUAUCAUAUGUUGCCGACGCGAGUGCAGAGGAAGAAGGUGGAGAUUCACAUGGUAUCAACACCGAGAGAAGAGGAAGGAGCAGAAGGGAGAAAGGCUUGAGAGGUACUGCUACUGAAGAUAGGAGUCGAAGAGGUUCGGACGUAAGGAUGGAAGAUGUUGAGGACGAACGGGGAAGAGGAAGAGGACGGGAAAGAGAUAGGACAGUUAGGGUUUGA